UCGCCUCUGCUUGGCGAGCAGUUACUCUUGUGGUUAUUUACGGAAUCGCUAGAUGACGCUGCUGCACUGCACCAAGUUACGUCACCUCAGAUCACCAGGAAAAAUGGCUGCGCCCUGUCGGACCGUGCUCCGUUCCGUAACAAAUUUUACCUCUGCUGCUCUGUUUAGAAGCACAAAACCAAGAUACAGCACAAGAUACCUGGCCACAACAGCUACAGAGACCUCCAAGGCUGAAGACGCUGAGACAGCCAAGUCAGAAACACCUGCAGAAGGGGAGACGUCUCCUGCUGACAAGAAGCUGACAGAAGAAAAGGCAAAGCUAGAUAAAGAACUAAAGGAAUACAAGGACAAGUAUGUCCGGGCCCUCGCUGAAACGGAGAACGUGCGACAGCGUAUGAAGCAGCAGCUCGCCGACUCCAAGCUCUACGCGAUCCAGGGCUUCUGCAAGGACCUGCUGGAAGUCGCGGACGUACUUCAGAAAGCGACAGAAACCGUCCCCGCGGAAGAGAUGAAAAACAACCCCACCCUCAAGACGCUCUUCGAGGGGUUGAAAAUGACGGAGACACAAAUGCAGAAGGUUUUCAGCCGUAACGGUCUGGAGAUGUUGAACCCUGUCGGAGAGAAGUUUGACCCGAACUUUCACGAAGCGCUCUUCAUGGCGCCGAUGGAGGGAAAGGAACCGGGCACAGUCGCGGUCGUGUCAAAGGUCGGGUACACGUUACACAGCCGCGUGAUUAGGCCUGCGCUAGUAGGAGUGGUCAAAGCACCUUAGAGAUGUUCUUAUGAAUAUGAUAAGACCACACCAAAUUUAUUCGUUGCUUCUCGGAUAUUUUUUUUUUAAAUUUGGACUGACAGGUUGAAAAAAAUAGAACUACAUUUUUUUUGAAGGUCUGGAGUGAAGACAUAUGACUUAAAUAACACCAAAAAAAAACAGCCUGAGGAGUUAAGUGGCACGUUUUAUGCAAUGAAUCCCUUCUUUUGUUCAGUUAAGUUUGACUUGUUGCUAAUGUUCUGAAUAAAAGGCAGUGUUUUUAGACUAUGGGUAUGUGGCUCUGAAUAGCAAUAUGUACAGGUUUGUGAGCAAAACAUGUAUUAUUUUUUCUUGGGAUUUGAUUUUUUUUCUUAAAUUAAAAAAAUGGACAGGCACAUUCGAGAAGCAACAAAUAAAAUUGGUGUGGCCUAAGGUUGGGCUGGGUACAUGUAACUAACUAUAUUGUAUUUACUGUAAAUUCAUUUAUUUUCACGGUGGGUUUAUUUUGUGAGAGGAGGGGAAAGAAGGAAUUUGUUUUGGUGAAAAAAUCUAGGAAUGACUCUGUUCUAUGGUGGUUAUGCAAGGGAGACAUGUUUUUUACGGUGUCACGAUGUUACAGUGGAGAGUUGACCAGGAAAAUAAAGCCACAAUGAAAGUUUUAGGAAUUACAGUACAUACUAAGAAUCUAUGUCAUAGGGGCUAAGUAGUAGUAGUAGUAGAAGAUAAUUUACAGUAUAUGUACAGCCUUUCCAUAAAAACUGGGCAAGAAAAGUUAUUAGAAAAAUCAAAAUUUGGGGCAAUAAGUGAUAACCUAGCCAGAAAAAAAUUUUUUUCCCAUUUUACUCUUCAGGAAAUAUUCAUUGCCUGCACACACAAAAAACUGGAUUUUGUAAAAAAAAAAUACAUUUACUAUUAGCAUUGACAAUAGUAAUAAUAUACAUUAGUUUGAGUGUUUCCUAGAAAAAUUGAUUGUCAAUUAUUAAGUUAAAAUUAAGAUUAUGUUAAAAACUGAACACACACACAAACGCAUGCAUGCAAACAAAACAAAACAAAAGCAUAAUUUACAAUUUCUCUUUUGAAUGAUAUACAAAUACCUGGAUCUUAUACAGCUACAAAUCAUGAUUCUUUGUAGAUAUCGGCAUUGUCCUUAGUGGAUACUACAUCAUACAUGUAUUACUAGGUUUAUGGCAUCAUUUUGUGACUAAUAAACAUUCCUGAAUAAAUGUCUCUUGAA